AUGAGAGGUUCACUAAAUUUGCGGCUUGCGAGUGGACUCGGUCGGGUGAGUUUUGCCCACGUUCGCCUCAAUCGGCCCGGUUGGGCGCGAUUUUCAUCUAGCAAACCAAACGACAAACCAGAGGAAACCUUUACCAAAUUAUCGGACGAAAAUGAUCCUCAAAGAAACGCUUUCUUUCAGUAUAGUUGGGGAUCAUGGCUCAAGAACGAUAAGCUGGAAAAGUCAAAGCGGGAAACACGGUUUUCCAUUGAGGGCUUGAACGACGUUUUGAGUGAGCUUUACAACCAGUCUAGGAUCCUAGCCAAGUCUGAAGAAGCCGAGAUUCCACCUCCAAAAUUCCACAGAAAUCUUACCGUAACACUCCCACACAAUCUGUCUGUUAAAAACAUUGGCGUCGUAAACCCCAAUGAAAAAGUUCAAAUCAAGACGAUGGCCAGUAUCCACGAGGGUAAGCAUCAUCGGAUUUAUAAGAUCGAUACGAACGCCGGCAAGCCUUUUAUCUUGAGAAUUCCAUAUGCGCUAGACGGCGAAACGAAUUUGGCCGAGCGUCUCAAGAGUGAAGUUGCAACGAUGGAUUUCGCGGAUCUGAAGCUGGGUUUGAAAGUGCCAAAAGUAUACUGUUAUGCUGCUUACUCCACCAACCCUAUCAGACAGCCAUUUAUUCUUGAAGAAUUUAUUGAGGGCGAACUUUUAAUGAGACAGUGGAGUCCACUUGAGGAAGAUGCCGCUGAUGGGAAGUCGCACAUUGAUAAGCUCAACAAAGUUAUAGAGCCAUUAUCAGAAUUUCAGAGCAGACUAUUGGAAACCGAAUUCACUUCUUAUGGUAGUCUUUACUUUGCUAAAGAUUUUAGCCAGACUAAUGAAAUUGCCUACGAGGGCGAGACAAGACCGGAUUUGAAAAACAGAUGGAGGGUGGGACCUUCCACGGAGAGAUGUUACUGGAACAAGGGCUCGGCUCUGAGCACAGAAGCGUUGAAAAAGUUUACUGGCCCAUGGAAAGCGGACCAACCAACAGCCAUGAUCAAAGCUCUGGCCGAAUUGGAAGUUGAGAGCGCUAAAGCGCGUUUGGCAUUGAUCGAAGCGGGCUCGUCCCCUGAGGUUGCGGACAAAUCCUUGUUAGAGAAUCAAAUCCGAACUUACGAGGACUUGGCAAAGGCCUCGGCAUCAUUAUUCAACACCAAUUCGAGUGCUAUUCCAAACAUCAAAGAGCUGUUCAAACCCCGACUCUAUCACCCAGAUCUCGACCCCAUGAACAUGAUUGUCGGCAAAGACGGAACGUCGUAUCUUUUAGACUUCGAGAGCUGCUGCAUCAAACCUUUCAUCUUGCAAAAUUGCUCUCAAUAUGUCGCAUACGAUGGACCCAAAAUUUAUGACCUCAAAGAGGAUGUUGAGGGCUACGAGGAAUUGAAUGAUGCUCAAAAGGAGCAAUACAAAUUCAUGUACAAGAGAACCAGAAAUCAACAUUUGUGGGAAGCUGCUUUAAACAAGAACCAAAGUAAGCUCAUCUCUGCUGUGGCACCUCCAAUCAAGCUACUACGCUGUCCUUACAUCAACUGUAUUGAGAGGAAAAACGACGACGAAUAUCUGCUAGUCGAAGAAGCACUAGUGCAAUUGAAAGAGGUCUGGGACGUUUUUGCCAAAAAUAAGCUCGUGAAUGCUCCUGAAUUUCCCAUCAGCUACUCUGACAAGCAAUUGGAACAUCACACAAACUCUCUGAAUUCCUUCCACGAGAAACUGAUCUCGUCGCCCUUCGCCGCUACGCAGGGCUGGAUCCCACAAGAUAUGUUCGACAACUUAGUUAAAGCUGAAAUGCUUGUCAAAGAUAAAGACGGGAACUACGCCGUCAAUAUCGGAAAACAGUGA